UGGCGUGGAUCCUUCUUUAUUGUUGUUGUGUGUAAGGGUCACAUGGCAUAGAAUUUCAAAUAUUAUAGAAAAAGAAAACAAACAAAACCCAAAAACAGUGAUCCCUUGAUUCCGAUUCCAAUUCCAAACCCAAUUACCAAAAGAAGAAGCAAAGAUCAGAAAUUAUUGAAUAUGGAAGGAGUAGUAGGAGAGAGAGGAAGUAAUAGAAGUAGUAGUAGUAAUGAUCCCAUUAUUAUUCCAAAUAAUAAUAAUUAUGAUCUCCAAAUCUCAUUCACAAACACAAUGGGUUUUGUUCAUUUUGAAGAUCACAACCAAGUUCUUAGCUUCUUGACACCUUCUCUUGCCGCUCCUCCAACUCUUUCUCAUCACUCUCUAGAAGAUGUUCGCGGCGGCAGUAAUAGUGCUACUAAUACAAUUAUUGCCGCCGCUACAACUUCUACAGCCACAGCCACAACCACAGUCGGGUUCGGCCAUGACGAGCUUGUUCCAAGAGCUACUUGGAAAAACGAUGACCAGGUUAGAAGCAUGGAUCCGAAGGGUAUGAAUAAUAAGAAUGAUGAAAAUUGCACUGGAAAUAGUAGUGAUGGAAACAACUCAUCAUGGUGGAGGAAUGGAGGGUCAGAAAAGGGGAAGGUGAAAGUGAGGAGGAAGUUGAGAGAACCAAGGUUUUGUUUCCAAACAAGAAGUGAUGUUGAUGUUCUUGAUGAUGGUUACAAAUGGAGAAAGUAUGGCCAGAAAGUUGUCAAGAAUAGCCUUCAUCCAAGAAGCUACUACCGUUGCACACAUAACAAUUGUAGGGUGAAGAAAAGAGUUGAAAGGCUUUCUGAAGAUUGUAGAAUGGUUAUUACAACCUAUGAAGGUAGACACAAUCACUCUCCAUGUGAUGAUUCUAAUUCUUCUGAACAUGAAUGUUUCACC